UCGGUGACAUACGCCAACUCCAUGAAUCAGUGUAGUGCAGAUUCUCUUGUUUUGUCUAAGUGCGGGUGCAAGUGUUUUGUAAUAUUUUCGUUGUAUCCAGUGCAGUGCACAAAAGUGUGAACAACAAUUACCGACUUUGCGUGCUUUUUCGGUGCUCCAAGAUAAACGCCCCGAUGCAGCAAAACUGCGAAAAGUACACCACCUUCAGCUGCAGUGGAGGCUGUAAAUGCGCACUGGGUGCGUGUCCUGCAAGUGGCGGUAAACAAUUUUAAACUUGCCCUUGUAUGCCUCAAUUAUGGACUGUGACGAAACUAAUUCCUCCGUGGUCUUUUACAUUAACGGGGAAUGUGUCAAGAUCGAAUCCGACUUGGAGGACAUCGUAAAAUUAAAAGAGAGCGAUACCUUCGCCGCAAACUACAUUAAAAUGAUGGUCGACAACAACUUUAUCGAAAUUCCCGAGCUCAAAAGCAUCGAACGACUUUACGAGGAUGGCAGCAUCUCCGACAUAUAUAAUUCCCAAAAAGAGCCAGAGGUCCUAAAGGCAGAAUCGGAAUGGGGCGCACCGGAAACGGAACUAUUGUUAAAUAAAUACAACCACUACAUACGCCGUGUUGGGUUGUUGGACAUAUUCAAGACGAAAAAGAAAAUGUGGAUGCAAAUAGCCGAGGACAUAAAGGCCGCCUUGAAGAUAUCGAAGACCGAGACGCAAUGCGAGAAUCGUUACAAGACGAUCAUGAAGAGGAAGAAGAAGGUGGGCGGUGUCAGGUUUAGAGUGAACAGGGUUAGUGAGGAGGAGGGCUCGUGCGAUAUUUUGGAAUCUAUUGAUGACACAAUGGAGAUCGUAAGAACAGAUUGGAGUGAUCCAGAAACAAAACUGUUACUGCACAAGUAUGAGCAGCAUUCGCCGAUGGUUGGACCGAUGAACAAGUUUAAGACGUGCAAGCAGAUGUGGAUCAAAAUAUCCGAAGAUAUAAACCACAUACUGGGGGUUGCGAGAACGGAGACCCAAUGCGAAAACCGCUUCAAAGCGGUUAUGAAAAAGGUCGAGGAUCCUCUAUGUUGCGAUGUUCCCGAAGUGAAACUUAGAGCAGUGGAGGAUAGCAGGGCUUGCGCCGUUUCCCAAUCUGUUGAUGACGCGGAACUAGACGCAACUAAAUCAGAUUUAGAAUGGGGCGGUCCCGAAACGAAACUGUUGCUCGAUAAGUACGAGCAGUAUGUAUUUAUGGUUGGAUCGAGGUUCAAAACGAAAAAGAAAAUGUGGGCGAAAAUAUCGGAGGACCUAAAGCAAAUCCUGAAUGUAUCCAAAACGGAUGCCCAAUGCGAAAAUCGCUACAAAACGAUUCUGAGACGGAAAAGGCGGGUGGAUCAUAACUAUCACCGAGCUGUCGAUUUACGCGACGACGUCAAAUUCGAACAGGAACUGUGCAAGAUCGUCUUAAGCGAGGAGGACUCCGAAUCGGAACCGGUAAGAUGCGUUUGUGCUUCUAAGAAAAUCCGCAACGAUCCGCAAAGAGGUAGAAAUCGAAGAAAAAGAAGGUGGGUGGUGCCCGACGCCGGAACAAGCAAGAUGCGGGCACUUAUGGCAUUUCAAAAGAGAAUGGAAGUAAAUAGAGAGCGUCGGCAUAGGGAAAAGAUGCAAAUGAUGGAACAAUUACUUCAAGUGCUCAAAAGUUAGUCUUAGUUUACAUGUUUCAACUGUCAUCUUCAAACAUUGUUAUAAAUGCAAAUAAUAAAUAUUUUAAAGUA